UUGUGUUUGUUAUAAAUACCGUGUGCACAUGUGUCUCCUUAAGAGAAUUCUAGAGCUUUCCUUCUGUUCACACAUUCAACAUGCUGGUGCAAAAGCUAAGUUGGAUCACUGUGCUGCUCGUACUGUGUCAACAUGGUGUAGAAGCAAAAAGGAUAGUUGCCUGUGAAGGAACAUCUGCAUUUCUCAGAUGUCAUUGGGGAUCAAUAAGGAUCAUGAAUGCCAACUAUGGGCGAACUGAUGACACAACAUGCCCUAGCUCAUCAAUGUAUAAUUUAAACUGUUUCUCAGCAACAUCCCACCAUGCAAUGUCUGUUCGGUGUGAUGGAAAUAAGAGCUGUUCUGUUCCUGCAGUGAACUCAGUUUUCGGUGAUCCUUGUUAUGGGACUUAUAAAUACCUGGAUGUGUCUUAUGAAUGCCAAUUAUGAAGGGGAACAGGUGCAUUGGGAAGAAGUCUUGUCAGCUAGUGCUUCAAAUUCUGUCUACUCUGAUCCAUGUCAGUGUGUCCAUAGGUAUCUGGAAGUGAGGUACAGCUGUAUAGCUUAUAAUUUUGUGAUUAUCCUGCUGCAUAAAUGUAUUUUUUUGUGUAUGUGUUUUAAAUACAAACAGUCUCUCUCUAUUAUUGAUAUUGGAUGCUGAUAAUCUUGUUUUUGGUCUGUGAAAUAGUGAUUUGUUUCAAUGAAGGGUCUAUCUAAAAACAGACAAAACAAAACAAUGCAUUUAAAUAUGGAGCUUAGAAUAAAAUUGAAGAUUAAAACACACCUGUAAUUUUACAACUUAUUUCUUAGGAAAGAGUUACUGAUCAUGUGUCAACAAAUGAGAAAAAUUGGAAGUAAAAUGUCUCAAAAAGUAAAAUGUCCAGAUGUUUUAGAAAUGGGCUAUCAUUAUCAUGUAUCUAUCUAUUAUAUUAUCAUUUAUCUGUACGUAAAUGUAUAAAAACUGCAAUUUUUUCAAACAGCAAACUGUAUAAAAAUAAAUAAAACAGCACCAUCUACUCAGCACUGCCAAAUCUCAUUAAUGGAGAACGAUCAAGAGAUCUAGUGAGAAAAAAAAACUAAAAUUCUUGUAGAACAAUCUACAAAACACAAGAGUUGUCUUUAAUUCUUUAAUUCGGUUUUUAUUUCUUUAUUUUUUUUUUAAAGCUGUUAUGUAACAACUUAUGUUGUACAACUUGGAACAUUUUGUAAAAUGCAAUAAAAUCAAGAAUCUGUGCUUUGUUAA